GAAACACAGCAUCAUGGCCGUUCAGAAGGAGUUCCGUGUUGCCAUUGUCGGUAAGCUCUCUUAGCAAACAGAUGCCUCUGACCCCAAUAUGACGGGCACAAGUAUACUGACGAGCGGAUCGACAAAGGCGCUGGCAUUGCCGGUGUCGCACUGGCUAUGGCUCUACACAAGAAGGGCGUGCCAUUCACCGUUUACGAGGAGGCUGCCGAGUACUCUGUGGUCGGUGCUGGCAUCGGCUUCGCGCCUAAUGGCCUGCUAGCCAUGGACCUGAUCGAGCCUGGCUUCCGUCCCCUCUACGAAGAUAUUUGUGUCGGUAACAAGCCCAAGGAUGCUCAAUGGGUCUUCUUCGAGGGCAUGCUCCUUGAGCCUGGCUGCGGCGUCGACAAGCCUUGGAGUGGUAACCUCCGAUCCGCCUGGGGUCACUCCGACUACACCCGCAAGUCUGCUCACCGCAAGAACUUGCUCGACAUUAUGAGCAGCUUCAUUCCCAUCGAGAACGUCAAGUUCAGCAAGCGAGUUACCUCUGUGAAGGAGGACGUCGACGGUGUUGUUCUCGAGUUUGCGGACAGUGAGGUUGCCACUGCCAGCGUUGUUGCAGCUGCCGACGGCAUCGCCAGCACUCUCCGAUCUUACGUCCUCGGCAAAACACACCCGGAGCAGGUGAAGCCCGUCUACGCUGACGCGUACUGCUACCGUGCUGUCAUUUCCAUGGCCGAGGCCGAAGAAAUCCUCGGCGAUCGCACUCAUGUUGCCAAGCUUUACUUUGGCAAGAACAAAGCCGCAGUCACAUACCGCAUCACAGAAGGCAAGGAAUUCAACUUCCUUCUGUGCAAGGCCACACCUGGUCAGCCCUGGCCUCAUGGUGACAAGGUUACCCACAAGAUUACGCAUGAGGAAAUGAUGACCGACUUCGACGGCCCCGAUGUUGAUGACCGCUUCCGCCAGCUCCUCACAAAGGCCAAGCCUGUCCGCUGGGGCUUCUUCCACCACUGGCGAACAGCCACUUACUACAAAGGCCGCGUCGCCCUUCUGGGUGAUUCGGCUCACGCUUCUCUCCCCUUCCACGCUGCUGGUGCUGCUCAAGGCAUCGAGGACGCGCUCAUUCUGUCAAACGUGCUCGCGGUGAUGGCUGAGAGCUCCAGCCGUGGCGCUGAGCAGCUUCCAGAGAUCCGUGCUGGUCUGAAGUCUUUCGACGCUGUCCGGAGACCGCGCGCACAGAAGCAAUUAGAAGGGGCUGCUAGGACGGCACGCAUGCUCUACUUCCAAGACGAAGAAGCCGGAGAGGACAUGAGGGAGAUUCUCAAGAGCCUGCAGGGUGACCGCUUCAACUGGCUCUGGUUCCAUGAUCUUCAAGCGGACGUUGACAGGGCAGUCAACUCCAUGAGGACGGACCUAAACAAGAGCGCUUUGUAAUGUAAAAUACCUGAUACGUUUUCUUCUAUCCGGUUUUUGGUGUUGGUGUGGAAACAAGAUCUUAAUUUUCUCCAGCAUCCAGACUUUAGGGAACCCGCUGAUCCUCUUCAUAGCGCAGUCUUCAGGGCUGAUUUCAGGCUUUCACUGCAGCAUAGGAACGUGACUGGGGGCUUUGUGUUGAGGGUUCCGCAAGAGCA